AUGACUGCUGGGCUUGAUGAUGACAGUGAAGAGUCCAGAAGUGCAGAAGAUAAUGCUAUGCUACGUUCAGACAAGGGUUCAUGUUCUACCUGGGGUGCAGGGCAUUUCUCCACCUUUGAUAAUUAUUUGUAUGACUUCUCUGGGACCUGCAACUACAUCUUCACCACCGUAUGCGAUGAUGUUAGCCCAGACUUCAACAUCCAGUUCCGCCGUGGAGUGAACAAGAAAAUUACAAGAAUCAUCAUUGAGUUGGGAGCUGUGGUCAUCAUGGUUAAAAAGAACACCAUUGUGCUCAAGGAUGUUGGUAUCAUCAAGUUGCCAUAUACCAGCAAUGGAAUACAAAUUGCACCUUUUGGACGCACCGUCCGCCUGGUGACCAAACUGAUGGAGAUGGAGCUGGAAGUUGUCUGGAACAAUGCUGACUAUCUCAUGGUGACGGUUGAGAGAAAAUAUAUGAGAAAAACUUGCGGAAUGUGUGGGAAUUUUGAUGGACAGGAAUUAAAUGAGUUUCUGAGUGAAGGUAAAUUGCUGGAUGCAUACCAGUUUGCCACUUUACAGAAAAUUGAUGACCCAUCAGAGAUCUGCCCAUCUGAGGAGAUGGCAAUUCCCAAUAUUCCUCGCAAAAAAUAUGCCAGGAUCUGCUCCCAGCUACUCAACCUUGUGUCUCCAGCUUGCAACGUGUCCAAGAAAGCGUUUGUCAUCCGUUGUCAGCUUGAUAUGCAGGACUGUAGCAAUCCAGGGCAAAGAAACUGUACUUGUGCUACACUGUCAGAGUACUCUAGGCAAUGUACCAUGUCCCACCAAGCAGUCUCUGAUUGGAGGAGUGAAGACUUCUGCUCUGUAGGAAAAUGUUCAGCAGACCAAAUCUAUAAGGAGUGUGGUUCUCCGUGUGUUAAAACCUGUUCCAACCCAGAGUACAGCUGUUCCAGUUACUGUACAUAUGGUUGCUUCUGCCCAGAAGGCACUGUUCUUGAUGACAUCUCAAAAAAUCGAACAUGUGUUCCCAUUGACCAGUGCCCAUGUACACUGAAUGGGGAGAAAUAUGAUCCUGGCGUUACCAUGAAAGCAACAUGCAGGAGCUGUAAAUGUACAAUGGGUCAGUGGAACUGCAAUGAACUACCCUGCCCAGGAAGAUGUUCCCUGGAGGGAGGCUCCUUUGUCACCACAUUUGAUUCCAGGUCAUACCGGUUCCAUGGAGUCUGCACAUAUAUCCUCAUGAAGAGUCCCAGCCUUCCAUACAAUGGAACCCUGAUGGCUGUGUAUGAUAAGUCUGGUUACUCUCAUUCUGAAACAUCAUUGACUGCUAUAAUUUACCUUUCUGCAAAGGACAAAAUUGUGAUUUCUCAAAAUGAACUUCUCACUGAUGAUGAUGAACUCAAGUGGCUACCUUAUAGAUCAGGUGACAUCACCAUUUUCAAACAGUCCUCCACCCACAUUCAAAUGUAUACCACCUUUGGACUGGAGCUAAUAGUUCAAACUCAGCCAGUGUUUCAGGCCUAUAUAAAAGUUGGACUUCUCUUCAAAGGCAGAACCCUAGGGUUGUGUGGCAAUUAUAAUGGAGACACUACAGACGACUUCAUGACCAGCAUGGAUAUUAUUGAAGGAACAGCAGGCCUGUUCGUGGACUCCUGGAGAUCAGGGAACUGCCACCCUGCUGCAGAGAGGGACACAGAUCCUUGCUCUAUGAGUCAAUUGAACAAAAUGUCUGCCGAGACCCAUUGCUCCAUUCUUACGAAGAAGGGCACGGUGUUUGAGAAAUGCCAUUCUGUGGUGAAUCCUGCUCCUUUUUACAAGAGAUGCAUCUACCAAGCCUGUAACUAUGAGGAGACCUUUCCUUAUAUUUGUUCUGCCAUGGGAUCUUAUGCAAGAGUGUGUGCUUCAAUGGGGCUGAUCCUUGAAAACUGGAGGGACACUGUAGACAACUGCACCAUUUCCUGUACUGGCAAUCAGACAUUCAGCUACCACACUGAAGCCUGUGAUAGAACAUGCCUGUCACUUUCCGACCAAACCCUGGAAUGUUAUCCUACUGACAUCCCUAUUGAUGGCUGCAACUGUCCUAAAGGUACUUACUUGAACCACAGAAGUGAAUGUGUGCGUAAAUCCAUGUGUCACUGCUACCUGGAAGAUAAGAGGUUCAUCCUGCCUGACCAGUCAACUAUAAUUGGUGGCAUUACCUGCUAUUGUAUUAAUGGAAACCUGAGUUGCACUGGCAAACCUCAGGACCCUGCAGAAAACUGCAAGCCUCCUAAAAAAUAUGUGUCAUGUUCACAGAAUUCAGAGAACAAAUAUGGAGCCUCCUGUUCCCCUACCUGUCAGAUGCUGGCGACUGGAAUUGAAUGUGUACCCACUAGGUGUGAAUCAGGCUGUGUCUGCACUGAUGGGCUAUAUGAGAAUCUAGAUGGAAUGUGUGUACCACCUGAUGAGUGUCCCUGUGAAUAUGGUGGCAUCUCUUAUAAAAAAGGGGAAGAAAUCCACACCGAAUGUAAAACCUGCACCUGUACAAGAGGCAAAUGGAAAUGUGUUCAGAAAUCUAGAUGCUCCUCAACAUGUACCCUCUACGGAGAAGGACAUGUCACCACUUUUGAUGGACAGCGCUUUGUGUUUGAUGGCAACUGCGAAUACAUACUAGCUACGGAUGGUUGCGGUAUGAACAGCUCUCACUCCACCUUUAAAAUUGUGACCGAGAAUGUCAUCUGUGGGAAAUCAGGGGUCACCUGCUCCAGGUCCAUCAAGAUCCACCUUGGGAAUAUGACACUUAUGCUGGCAGAGGGAACCUACUUUGUAUAUGGGGACAAUCCUCUGACACAAUUCCAUGUGAAAAAGAAUGCCCUUCACCUGAUGUUCGAUAUCAUUAUCCCAGGAAAAUACAACAUGACUCUUAUCUGGAACAAGCACAUGAAUAUUUUCAUCAAGAUCUUCAGAGAAGCACAGGAUCACCUCUGCGGUUUGUGUGGGAAUUACAAUGGGAACAUGAGAGAUGACUUUGAAACCCGAAGCAAAUACGUGGCAGCAAAUGAACUGGAGUUUGUAAAUUCUUGGAAGGAAAAUCCUAUGUGUGGGGAUGUGUUCUUUAUAGUUGAUCCCUGUAGCAAGAACCCUUAUCGUAAAGCUUGGGCAGAGAGGAAGUGUUCCAUCAUCAACAGCCAGGUCUUUGCUCCAUGUCACAGUAAGGUAUACCGCAUGCCUUACUAUGAUGCCUGUGUCCGAGACUCCUGUGGGUGUGACACUGGAGGAGACUGUGAAUGCAUGUGUGAUGCCAUUGCAGUGUAUGCCAAGGCAUGCUUAGAUGUAGGUGUCUGCAUUGACUGGAGAGCCCCAGAGUUCUGUCCUGUCUAUUGUGACUACUUCAACACACACCAAAAGUCAGGCAGUGAGGGCACCUACAGCUACAAUUACUGGGAUGAACGAAAUUGCACCUGGCAUUACCGACCUUGUAAUUGCCCGCAACAAAACUACAAAUAUGUCAACAUUGAAGGCUGUUACAACUGCUCGCACAAUGAAUACUUUGAUCACGAGGAGGGACAGUGCAAGCCUUGCAGACAUGAGCCCAUCAGGACGACCCCUGAAACCUCUACAUCUUCAACAGUAACGACAAUAGUACAAACUAAAACACCAAGAAGCACUACUAGAGUUGAAACACCAAGUACUGCCGUAUCACCAACAGCCACUACAUCCACAGGGUCCACCAUGCACACUAUUUUAAGCACUACACCAGCCACCCUAUCUACUAAAAAAGUAACCAUAAAAACAACACCUAUCACAAUCAAAUCCACUACUCACUCCAUACCAGUAACCACUAUUACAAAAAAGACAACACUGUCAACUACCCCAAUCGAAAGGAGGACCACCCGAAGAAAUAUUGUGAGCAGCAUUGCUGCUGUCGCUGCUGACUGCUAUAGUGGGAUCUCUGUACAGGUGGAGUAUAAACUCCCAAGGGACUCAAAUAGCUUGGGAAUUCUUAAAAGACUGCAGGGUUUCAUUGGUCUUUUCCGAAAACAAAACCCAAUCAUCAAAAGCAGCAAAACUUACAACUCCACGUAUGACAACUACCAUCACAACACCAGUUAUUACAAAGACAUCACCAACUACUUCAUCAACGACUACUCCUUCCACUAG